GACGCGCAGGCGUAUAGCGCGGGCCGGCCUGGUUGCCAUGGGAGCGCAGCUGCGGCCCGGGCCCUGGGCAGAGGCAGCCCGGGCUGCUCCUCCGCUGCCCUCGCCUCAGAGGCCCGGGGUGGGGGCGGCUGGACCGCGGCCCCUCCGAAGGUAGCGGAGGCCGACAUUGCAGCGACCCGCCUGCUCCUCUCCGCGGCGCUCUGUGACCCCGCGCGGCCUCGGCCUUCAGCAGGCACCCGGGGCGGAGGCUCCCCGACACCUGGCCUUGGAGGGAGGCGGCCAGUGCCUGCUCCUGGCCUCCCGGCAGCGCAUCUCAGCCUUAGUGUCCGCAAUCGGGUUCGAGCCCCGCCUUGUCCUCUUCUGCUUGCGUUACUGAACAGGACCAGUUGCCACGAGACUGAAGACUGUAGCUCUGGCUCCGGAACUCUUCCCUGCUCUUCUGAACAGCACUUCUGUGCAGAAUGCCCCACAAGAUUGGAUUUGUGGUGGUCAGCUCCUCUGGACAUGAAGAUGGUUUCAGUGCCCGGGAACUGAUGAUCCACGCACCGACUGUCAGUGGGUGGAGGUCACCAAAAUUCUGCCAGUUUCCACAAGAAAUCGUUCUCCAGAUGGUAGAGAGGUGUCGAAUAAGAAAACUGCAGUUACUUGCUCACCAGUACAUGAUCUCCAGUAAAGUCGAGUUCUACAUCAGCGAGAGCUUGCCUGAGUACUUGGUGCCAUACCAAGCAGAGCGGUUCCGCAGACUGGGCUAUGUUUCCCUCUGUGACAAUGAAAAGACAGGCUGCAAAGCCCGGGAACUCAAGUCUGUUUAUGUGGAUGCUGUGGGGCAGUUUCUUAAACUGAUCUUUCACCAGAACCACGCCAACAAGUACAACAUAUAUAAUCAGGUGGCUUUGGUUGCAAUAAAUAUCAUUGGAGACCCCGCAGAUCUGGGUGAUGAGAACAAUAUUGACUCUAGGGAGAAGCUGAUCGACCACUACCUGGGCCACAGUCCCCACAAUCCUGAGGACCCAGCCCUAGAUGGAACUUUUGCUGGGAGAUCUGACUACAUCUCUCCGCUUGAUGACUUGGCGUUUGACAUGUAUCAAGACCCCGAGGUUGCCCAGAUCAUCCGCAGGCUGGACGAGAGAAAACGGGAGGCUGUCAGGAAGGAGCGCUACGACCACGCAAAGAGACUGAAGCAGGCGAUCGCUGACUUGCAGAAGGUCGGUGAGCGCCUAGGGCGCUAUGAGGUGGAGAAGCGCUGUGCGGUGGAGAAGGAAGACUACGAUCUGGCCAAGGAGAAGAAACAGCAGAUGGCUCGAUACCGUGCCCAGGUGUACGAACAGCUGGAACUGCAUGGCCUUCUGCAGGGCGAGCCAGAGACGCAGAGGCCGUUCGCCUUGCCCCUCCAGCCCCUUGCAUCUCCCAGCAGUCCCCAGCACUGGAAGGCCGUGUCCUCACUCCCUCGCACAGAAGAGCUGGUUGUUGAAGACACGUUUACUGGCCCCGUUCUCCAGGAGAAGCCCUUGGCAUCUUCUCCUCGGCAUUCAGCAGCAGAUCAGUCCCCACCUGCUGCAGGCCCCGCCCUAAGGAGCCAUGAAGUCCUGCCCUAUGACGAACGGCCUCUUCCUGUUACUCGAAAGCAGUUGGGGGAAGCAUCUGCAGAGCCAGAAGUGAGAGAGACAGACAGCGAUGUCCGGAGACGGGGUGUCUCGGGGGAACCAGAGCCCUUGACAGAGAAGGCCUUGAGAGAAGCCAGCUCUGCCAUCGACAUCUUAGGCGAAGCCUUGGUGGCUGGGGCCUACUCUAAGACGUGGUCCUGCCGGGAAGAUGCAUUGCUGGCAUUGUACAAGAGGCUGAUGGAGAUGCCUGUUGGAACCCAGAAGGAAGACUUGAAAAACAUGCUCAGAGCAUCUGUCUUUCUCAUCCGAAGAGCCAUAAAGGACAUUGUGACCUCAGUUUUUCAGGCUUCAUUGAAAUUGCUGAAAAUGAUAAUUACACAGUUUAUCCCCAAGCACAAGCUGGGCAAACCUGACACGACGCACUGUGUGGAGAGAGCUGUCCCCCUUCUACUUGCCAGAACUGGAGACUCCUCUGCCCGCCUCCGUGUGAUGGCUGUGAAUUUUAUCCAGGAAAUGGCCUUGUUUAAGGAGGUGAAGUCUCUCCAGCUCAUCCCAGCCUACUUGGUGCAGCCGCUGAAGGCAAAUGCUUCCGCUCAUCUGGCCAUGAGCCAGGUGGACCUCCUGGCCCGGCUGCUGAGAGACCUGGGCACCGAGAGCUCGGGCUUCACUGUGGACAAUGUGAUGAAGUUUGCGGUGAGCGCCCUAGAGCAUAGGGUGUAUGAAGUGCGAGAGACUGCAGUCAGAAUCAUCCUGGACAUGUACAGGCAGCACCCAGCCCUCACCCUGGAGCACCUUCCUCCAGACGACAGCUCCACGCGCAGGAACCUUCUCUACAAAGCCAUUUUUGAGGGGUUUGCUAAGAUAGACGGCAGGCCAACCGAGGCUGAGGUGAGGACCCAGAAAAGAGUAGCCACAAAAGAAACAGAAAAGCAAAAGAAAGAAGAGAUGAAGGCUCUGCAGGGUCAGUCAGCAGAACUGAGAGAGACCCAGGCUGGAGUCCAGGAGAAGGAAAGCGAGGCUGUGAAGCUCAAGAGUCAAGACUCUCAUGGAAGAAAAGCCGCCCCACCCGACACUCCAGAAAUCCCAGAUAACCACUAUUUGGAUAAUCUGUGUAUCUUUUGUGGGGAGAGGAAUGAGUCCUUCACAGAAGAGGGCCUGGACCUCCACUACUGGAAGCACUGCCUCAUGCUGACCAGAUGCGACCACUGCAGGCAGGUGGUUGAGAUAUCCAGCCUGACAGAACACCUGCUGACAGAAUGUGACAAAAGGGACGCAUUUGGGAAGUGUUCCCGCUGCAGCGAGGCUGUCCCCAAGGAGGAGCUUCCUGGGCACAUCAAAACUAAGGAGUGCAACCCUGCCAAAGCGGAGAAGGUGGCAAACCGCUGUCCCCUGUGUCAUGAGAACUUUGCUCCUGGAGAAGAGGCGUGGAAGGUUCAUCUGAUGGGCCCUGCUGGCUGCACAAUGAACCUGCGCAAGACACAUGUUCUCUACAAGGCUGCAGCCCCACAGCAAGGGAAAGGCCCAGCAGCAGCAAAGUCCAGCACCUCAGCACCCAAGGCGGGAAGCAAGAUCCCCACCCCAAAGGGAGGCCUUAGUAAGAGCUCCAGCAGGACGCACACGAGGCGGUGACAGCUUUCAGUUCCGUCUCUGACAGGCUGUGCAAGGUCCCCGUUCUAAGCCAUGUGUGUUGGCAUGGGGAUGCAGGGCUCUGUGCCCACUGUCCCUUGGCCUCUUGUGUCCCAGUGUCUACUCUCACAGGAACAGUACAUGAUAUGACCAAAGAGCCCUUUCCAAUGUGGCCACAGUUCUGGGCCUAUGUCAGUGCUCAGGACACCGAGCACAGCACCCACUCCCCUUACUGUCAGUGCGCAGGACACUGAGCACAGCACCCACUCCCCUUACUGUCAGUGCUCAGGACACCGAGCACAGCACCCACUCCCCUUACUGUCAGUGCUCAGGACACCGAGCACAGCACCCACUCCCCUUACUGUCAGUGCUCAGGACACCGAGCACAGCAACCACUCCCCUUACUGUCAGUGUUCAGGACACCGAGCACAGCACCCACUCCCCUCACUUCUGAGAAGAGACACCCCAAACGUGGAGCUCACUGGAGUCUCGCACACAUCAGGCUUUGCCCAGGUCUGAGCUCAGCUCUGGUGGCCUUAGAAGACUGCAGCAACCCAUGCUGAGCCUGCCGUGCUCUCUCUCGUGGUCCUGUCGGCCAGGUUGUCACACCAUAUAUAGCAACAAGCAAUAAAGGAAAUCAAGCAAAAGACAGCCAUUCUAAGAGCAGGCCCCUCCCUUGUACACUGCCCAGUGCUCCCCGUGUGCACCUGUCCCUGUGGUCCACUGACAGCCCUGCCUAGAUGCCUUCCCUCCGUGGGUGCAGACUCUGCUGCAGAGUCCUGAAUGAAUGGAUUCUGAAUGUUCCCUGGUCACUUUAUGCACACCUGACCACAGCCCACAUGCAGACUUCAGUUUUCCUUAUGACAAAAUGAGCACCUUCCACAUUUGCCUAGCCCACAAAGACAAGUCGCAUGCACCUUGCUGGCCCCGCGCCUCCGAGUCACUUCUGUCACAUUCCGUGAUGUAACUGAAUCCACGUUCCCAAGUCCUUCAUAGUGCCCACUGAACAGUGACACAGAGCUUAGGACAUAGCCGUCAGCAGCUCACUCUCCUUGUCCUUGUCCCUCCUGUCACUGAAGGAUGGGCCCUCUCAGGGCCUGCACUGUUUCCUGAGGUUUUCCUGGUGUCCCUUUGAAAUGUCUAGGAUUGAGGAAAUAAGUAGUAUAAAAUCAUAUUCUUUAAAACUCCUAACCAUGUGAAAAAAGUCCAUAAAAAUGUGCAUGUGCCGAGCAGCACGCACCCUGGGAUCCUGUCAGGCAUUUAGCGAGGCGAGAGAGCGGGCCAUGACUAAGAAAGCAGAGCAGGGCGCCGGGGGAUGAUAAGGCGGUCCUUCAGCUCAGAGGUGCCGGUGGCGUCUCCUGCCCACUUUAGAGUCCAGACGAUGAUGGAAAGUCGGCCUCAGAGCAGAACAGGUAGUCACCUGUAAUGGCAUCUAUCUGUUGUAACCUUGAGGCACUGUAAAAACCCUUCACGUUUAGUCCAGUUGGUGGCUCACACCAACUGUCACUGUGCUCCUGUCACUUGGGAGGCUGAAGUUAGAAGCAUGUCACAGGUUCAAAGCCUGAGCUACAGAGUGAGACUCUGACUCAAAAUUAAAACAGGACAAAAAAGAAA